CUCCGAUAUUCCCUCGCCUGCAUCACCGAGUGGGAGAAGGCGAGAAAGAUGUGAAGGUCGUUUUCGGGGUCUUGCUAAAUGUGUUCUUUAUGACGAUCAUAUACACGAAGAAGGUCGCCACUGCCGGAUACUGUGGCGGGUUCUUCAAACUCCUUCGCCGGUGGAAAGGGAGCGUGUAUAAAUCGGUGUGGAAAGAUGUCCUCGUCUGGUUGCUGGCUUACUAUGUCCUCCGUAUCGCGUACACGGGAGUCCUCUCCGAAACGGGACGAAAGGUCGUAAAAGCCAACCUUCGACACCCGGAUCCGCCGAGUCGUCAUUCCCCUCCUCGAAAGCCUCCCAUCCAGCGGCCAAAAAAGAGCCGAAGGGACGGAGAAACAUGGCGACCACGACAGCCACUUCGAACCGCUUCCAGCCGCUUCGAACCGCUUCGAGCCGCUCUCGACUCGGAUCUCGGUCGUCCAUUCAAUCCCCGGAGAGCCACGAACGUCUGCUUUGCGUUCACGCGACCAGCGGGAAAGACGGCCGAGUCGAGAACUCUCACCCUCACGCUCACCUUCACGCUCACCUUCACGCUCACAUUCCCCUCCUAUCAAAAUGUAACCGAAGGCAGUCCCACUCAGGAUCUCAUCCAUAACAAUUCCUGUCACCCUCCGUAG